AAGAACGACGCUACGUCACGUUCAAGGAGGGCGGGGCUGUGCGGUAACAGAACAGACGUCGGGGACGGCGAAGGGGGCGAGCGUUCGAAAGGGGCGUGGCAGCGUGUCGCAACGUUCUAUGCAGCCAGACAGGGUGUUGCAACGUUCCAUGCGCGCGCCGGAAGAAGUCUAAACGCGGGAGGAGGAGGCUGAGCUGGCGAGUUGAAUGGAGGGCGAAGCGAUCAAGCGCUUGGCGACCAAGCUGGGCGUCACGGCGCCCAGAGUGAUCAGGAAAGCCGAAGAGUACCUGCGACUGUCUCCAGUGAAAUGUGCCACCUUGCUGGUUCAGAUGAGUGCCACAAGCAGAGCUGUGAUUUGCCUGGACUUGGCUGCAGCCUUCACAAAGGACCCUGUGGACAAAGCUUAUUUAGUGAAACUCUCUGGCUUGAACAAGACCACUUACCAGAGCUGCCUGAGGUCCUUUGAAAGCCUGCUUGGUGUGCACUCCAACCUUGGCAUCCGAGAACUGGCCGUUCAGUUCUGCUGCCUGGAGGCGGUGAACAUGGCAUCAAAAAUAUUGCAGAGGUAUGAAUCCAGUCUGCUGGAAGCUCAGAAAAUGGAUCUUGAUUUAUCAAAGUCCUUAUUCACAACUGCAGCAUUGUUUACAGCUUGCAGAUGUUUGAAACUUAAAGUGGAUAAGAACAAAAUGGUGGCUGCUUCAGGAGUGAAGAAAACCAUAUUUGACCGUCUCUACAGCCAGAUGGAGAAGCUAAGCCAGCAAAUCAGCAGAGAAAGCAUUCAGUUGACCAUAGAAGCCCCAAAACCUGAGGAGACCUUUCUUGAAUGCCUUGGAAAGAAACCAGCAGUUUAUACGGAAGCAGAGGUCCCUCGGAAGCGUCCAAAAGCUGAAACGGACCCAAAAGAAGAGUACGAAGAAUGGAAGAGGAGAAUUUUGGACAAUGCCGCUAAAUCACAAAGGGACAGUGUUUGAUCUGAGUGUAUCCAAAACACAAGCAGCCCUUCUGGGUUUUUAAAAUCAAAUGUAUUUCUAUGCUGGCAACCUUCGUAAGGCUUGUCAGGCACUGGUUUGACCACACACCUGCCAGUUGAGUUGUUGUAGCACAAGCCUAGGAUCGUAGGAACUGGCCUGCAUUUACCACUUCCUCACCUGGAUGCCUCUAGGAUGAGAGCAGAAGCCAGGCCUAGCAAUUGGUUGGCCUUUGUCAUGAGGGCUGCACUGCUGAAGCACUCCCCAAAAUUGGGGAAGCCUUUAGGAGAGACCCCCUCAUUUUUAUAGUUGAAGUCUCUGCAAGUACCAUUGUUUAAAUUCUGACACUUGAGCAAGCUGGAGCACUUUUUGCAAUGGGAGAAUUUCUGUGCCACAUCUCAAAUUCUGAAGGUGGAAACUGAAGCACCAUGGCAACUUCUGGAUUUAGCAAUCCAAACUUUGACUGCAGGGCAGGACACGUACCUCAGUUGUCUCUAUCCUCGCUCAGAAGCGAACCAGGGUGAUAUUCAGUGCUAAUCCCACUCAGAGUAGACCCACUGAAGUUAAUAGAUGUGACUAACUUGGGUUCAUUAAUUUCAGUGGGUUACUUUGUGUAGGAGUUAGUUGAAUACAACCCAUUAUUUUCAAUGGAAAUUGCUUAAUCAGAAUUGGAGUGCUAAAUUUCUAUCAGUAUCCUAAGUGACUGCUACUAACUCAGCUUUUCAUCCUUCAAAAUGGUGAAUUGGGUCACUGGGGAUUGACACAGGACAACACAGAUACAUUUUUACUCUUAAACAACAUUGUACCAUAAAUAUGAUGUCUCUUUAAGACUGAUCUGGUUGUAGCCUUGUCUAAGAGUUCUCUGCAGAAACAUCAAUAAAUAUUUUUACUUCUA